CUCCCCGUGCCGGCUCCGUGUCUGUCUGUGUCUCAGUGAGUGAGUGUGUCGUUGCGCCAUGGAGAGGAAACGCACCGAGUGUCCGUGUCUGCCGCCAGGCUGGAAAAAGGAGGAGGUGAUCCGGAAAUCAGGGCUGAGUGCCGGCAAGAGCGAUGUUUAUUAUUACAGCCCAAGUGGUAAGAAAUUCAGGAGUAAGCCUCAACUGGCUCGAUAUCUCGGAAACAGUUUCGAUCUCAAUAGCUUUGACUUUCGAACCGGGACGAUGAUGCCUAAUAAAUUGCAGAGGAAUAAACAGCGUCUUCGGAAUGAAGCCAUAAAUCAAGCAAAGGGGAAGUUAGAUUUAAACACCGCCCUGCCAAUAAGACAAACUGCAUCCAUUUUCAAGCAACCAGUAACAAAAGUUACAGAUCACCCGAAUAACAAAGUAAAAUCAGAGCUGCAGAGAGUAACAGAACAACCGCAACAGCUGUUUUGGGAGAAACGACUGCAGGGUUUAAGUGCCUGUGACAUAGCUGAGCAGAUAAUUAAAUCAAUGGAACUUCCCAAAGGAUUGCAAGGUAUUGGUCCUGGCCAUACAAAUGAGGUGCUAUUGUCUGCAAUAGCAAGCGCUUUGCAUACCAGUUCUGGACCUAUUACAGGGCAAGUGUCUGCAGCUGUUGAGAAGAACCCAGCGGUUUGGCUUAACACUUACCAACCACUCUGCAGAGCAUUUGUUGUCACAGAUAAAGAUAUCAGGAAACAGGAGGAACGAGUACAGCAAGUGCGGAAAAAACUGGAGGAAGCUCUAAUGGUGGAUGAAUUAGCACGAGCGGAGGAGGCAACAGAAGAAAGACGCUUGGACCGAGAGCAAUAUGAUGCACAGGGACUGGAGGCCUGUGACCAGUGGAGUGCCUCAAGGAUCGGUGCUGGGUCCACUACUUUUUGUCAUUUACAUAAAUGAUUUGGAUGCAAGCAUAAGAGGUAAUUGUAUUCAAUUUUGCACUUGAUAAUCUCAGAUACAUGAAAUUGAAGAUUACAUCCAAGUAUGUUGCGUCGAAAGAAGUCAAUCCAACUCGAUCAAAAUCUUCAGUGACAGUGCUGAAAAAGGAUCAGUGCAUUACAUAAUCCUUGAUCAGAUUUUUAAAUGGGACGUGAAGAUUCACAAGAGCAACAAGACCAAUGUAACCACUUAAUUGUUGAUUUCACUUUAAUGUGCUGUGCACAAACUCAGCAAUAAUCUUUGAGAUUUUUCUGGUUGAAAUAAUGCUCAACUCUAGAAUGAAGUAAGAAUAGCACUUCUUAAGUUCAUAAUCACAACCUGUUUCUAAGUUGCAUCCUCUUUUUGCUCCCCUCCUCCUUGUCUCUCCUCACCUUCUCCCUCCCUCCCUUUGUUCUUAUGCUUCCUGUCUCCAUUCAUUCUACUUCCUUCUUCUCCUUAUUCUACUUUAAUCUUCCUCUUUCUCCUGCUUGGUCCUCCCUACUCUCUUCACCUUCAAUUUCCCACAUUCCAUCCCCUCCCCACCAAAGAAACUUAGUUGGUCAGUUUGGAGAAGAUUAGAAUUGUAUCCAGUUCUAAAUGUACUGGUGAGAAGCAAAACUCACAGCAACAAUUUAGCUGAUGAGAGUAUGAAUCAGGAAUACAAUACACUUCAUUAAAGGUGGCAAGGAAUCCCUGAGGGUUAAAAAAGUUACAAUAGUAUAAGGCUGAGUUUAGUUCAACAACACUUUAAAGCACCAGAUUUUGUUUAAGUAUUGAAAUAUGUGUUAAAUAUAUUUUUAAAAAACUUUUUCCUCAGUUAAUAUCUUUGUAAAAACAAUCAAAAUCUGUGACAUAGUGCAAUGUAAUAUUCUCUACUGAAUUUAAAAAAAAAUAUUUUUGUGCUGUAUAUAAAUGAUUGCCUGUUUAUCAUGUGGCCUGGGAUUCAGUAAUCUACAGCUUUAUGACUGAGUAAAGCUAAAAGGAUAUAUAUUUAAAUAGAUUUUUAUAAUUAUUUACUGAAAGCACUUGUACAA